AUGGGCUCAAUCAAGCAGCAGACCUCGGCGUUUGGGAGAUCAGAGUACAUCCCCCCCGACGCCAUCUUCGACGUCACAAGACGCUAUCUCGCCGACACAGAUGCCAACAAAGUCAACCUCGGCCAGGGCACAUAUCGCGACGAAAAUGGCCAGCCGUGGAUUCUGCCUUCGGUGCGACUAGCAGAGAAGUCCUUGGGAGAGCCCGGACACGAAUAUCUACCCAUCGCAGGAUUGAAGCAAUUUCGCGAUGAAGCCGUAAAGCUCGUUUUCAGUAGCACGAAAGCCUUUGCAGAGAAUCGCUCCUUGUCAGGAACUGGUGCACUCCUCCUCGCCGGACUGGCCCUGAAGAAGGCCGACACAGGCAUCAAGACGAUCUACAUCACCGACCCGACCUGGUCCAACCACGACCUGCUCUUCAGCUCCAUGGGAUUCACAGUGAAGCAGCUGCCAUAUUACAAAGACCGCGCCUUUGACUUUGACGGCUAUAUCACAACCCUAAAGGCGGCCGAGCCUGGCUCCGCCGUCAUCCUACACGCCUGCGCGCACAACCCCACGGGCUGCGACCCAUCACAAGAGCAAUGGAAGGAAAUUGCAUCCGUAAUCAUCGAGAAGAACGUCUUCCCCGUGUUCGACUCGGCGUACCUCGGCUUCAAUUCCGGCUCCGUAGACGACGACGCCUGGGCGAUCCGUUACUUUGUCGAUGAGUUGGGCUUGGAGGCUGCUGUGUGCAUGUCAUUUGCAAAGAACAUGGGCCUGUACGGAGAGCGCGUCGGCGCCGUGACAUUCGUCGCCAACUCCGCCGAAACCACUCGGACGGUGAACUCCAUCCUGGAGAACGUGCAGAGAGCGACGGUGUCGAACCCGCCCGCGUACGGCGCCCGCAUUGCUGCCGCCGUCCUGAGCACUCCCUCGGCCAGAGAGCAAUGGGCCCGUGACCUGCUUACCAUGUCAGGCCGCAUCCGCGCCAUGAGACAAAAGGUUUACGAUGAGUUGGUGCGGCUUCAAACUCCGGGCGACUGGUCGCAUAUUGUCAAGCAGAGCGGCAUGUUCGGGUACACUGGAAUCAGCAAGACACAAGUGCAACACCUCGAAGCGGAGCUCCACCACAAGACCCCUUCGGGCACCCCUCCCGAAACUGAUAAGCCGUCAACCCCGCCACCCUCGCCGAGGCAUCUACACACUUAUCGCUGUCCGGUCGAGGGUAUUAGGAUAUCCAUUGACCGCGGUGGCACUUUCACUGAUUGUGUUGCAUCUGUGCCCGGCCAAGAUGACAUCCUCGUCAAGCUGUUAUCCGUCGACCCCAGCAACUACCCAGACGCCCCCGUGGAGGCCAUCAGACGUGUUUUGGAAAAGGCGACAGGCAAGCAGUAUCCCAAGGGCAAGAAGAUCUCGCUAAGAGGAGUCGAAUCAAUCAAGAUGGGAACAACAGUCGCUACAAAUGCGUUACUCGAGAGGAAAGGAGAGAAGACGGUGUUUGCCGUCACCAAGGGUCUCAAGUCAAGACCAAAACUUUUCGACCUCGCCAUCCGCAAGCCCGACGUCUUAUACUCCAAAGUCAUCGAGAUCCCAGAGAGAGUGACCCUCGAGGCCUGGUCAGAAAACAAUAAGCCCGAAGUCAUUGACACAUCCUCAGAUCCGGCCCUCGUCACCGGUGUCACUGGGGAAGCAGUCCGGAUCCUGGAGCCUCUUGAUCUACAAGCAGCCAGACAAUCUCUGCAAGAAGCCUUCGAUGAAGGCUACCGCUCCAUCGCCGUCUGUCUCAUGCACAGCUACACCUUCCGCGAACACGAAGAUGCCAUAGCCCAGCUCGCAGCUGACAUUGGCUUCACCCACAUCUCACCCAGCGCCGAGCUGUCUCCCGUCGUCAAGAUCGUGCCGCGCGGUAACUCCUCGACGGCGGACGCGUACCUGACCCCAGAGAUCAAGCGAUACAUUGCCGGUUUCGAGGCUGGCUUCGAGGACCUCGCUACGAGCGGGUGCCGGUGUGAGUUCAUGCAGAGUGACGGCGGCCUAGUUGAGUUCUCGGGCUUGUCGGGACUAAGGGCAAUUCUGUCUGGUCCUGCGGGAGGUGUUGUGGGGUACGCGAGGACGUGUUAUGACCAGGUUGAUAAGACGCCGGUUAUUGGAUUUGAUAUGGGCGGCACCAGUACUGACGUCUCGAGAUACGCCGGUGAACUCGAACAAGUAUUCGAAACAACCACCGCCGGCGUCAUGGUCCAGACUCCCCAGCUCGACAUCAAUACCGUCGCGGCCGGCGGUGGCAGCAUUCUAAGUUGGCAGAGCGGCAUGUUCAAAGUCGGCCCCGAGAGCGCAUCCGCACACCCCGGCCCGGCAUGCUAUAGGAAAGGCGGACCCCUAACCGUCACGGACGCAAACCUCGUCCUCGGUCGUCUGCGCCCCGAGUUCUUUCCCAAGAUCUUUGGCCCGAACGAGGACUUGCCCCUGGACGUCGACGCGAGUAGACAUCUGUUUGAAGAGCUCACAGCGAGCAUUAACAAGGACGAGGGCACCAACCUCAGCAUCGAGGAAGUUGCGGCAGGUUUCCUUGAUGUUGCCAACGAAUCCAUGUGCCGUCCAAUCCGCACUCUCACAGAAGCAAAAGGCUACGACGCGGGCCUCCACAACCUCGCAUCCUUCGGCGGCGCCGGCGGCCAGCACGCCUGCGACAUCGCAAAGACCCUAGGCAUAUCCCGCGUUCUGGUUCACAAGUACUCCUCCGUCCUCUCCGCCUAUGGCAUGGCCCUCGCCGACGUUGUGCACGAGGAACGCAGCCCCUGCGCUCUAACUUACACAGAGGCCAACCUCCCCAUCUUCGCUUCGGAACUGGACAAGCUGACGGCGAAAGCCUCGGGUAUGCUUCUUAUGCAGCGCAUCCCUGAAGAACGCAUCGACGCCGAGAGGUACCUUAACAUGCGUUUCCAGGGCAGCGACACACCGCUCAUGAUCCAGGAGACAUCUGCCGGCGGGUCUUUGGAAGCUUUCAAGGCCGCGCACCAGAAGCAGUUCGGCUUCUUGCCUGUGGGAAGAGACGUGAUUAUCGACGACUACCGCGUUCGCGCCGUCGGCCGCACCACCGUCAAACUUCCUACACCAUGGCCUGCAGAGCUCGCCUCUAAGAAAGCCACACCGGCACCCCCCGCUAAGACGACGAAGCAAGUUUACUUUAAGGGGUUGGGUUGGUCUGAGACGCCGGUAUACGGUCUUUCUACUUUGGCGCCUCACUCUCGUGUCGCCGGCCCAGCGCUGAUUAUGGACGACAAGCAGACCAUCGUCGUCAUCCCCGACGCCGCGGCGACGGUGCUUUCUGAUACCGUUGUGAUUGACGUCAGUGUCGGAACGAAGGAGACCAUGUCUGCGACGACGGUCGACCCGAUCCAGUUGUCCAUUUUCGGGCACCGGUUUAUGGGCGUCGCGGAGCAGAUGGGGCGGGCGCUGCAGAAGACGAGCGUGAGCACGAAUAUCAAGGAGCGGUUGGACUUUUCGUGUACUGUCUUUUCGCCGGACGGCGGUUUAGUGGCGAACGCACCGCAUGUGCCUGCUAUGAUUGGAAGCAUGGCUUUCGCAGUGAGGUGGCAGAUCGAGCACUGGGGCAACAAUCUCAAGCCUGGAGAUGUGAUCCUUUCCAACGCGCCAGUCUGCGGCGGCACCCAUCUUCCCGACCUAACUGUCAUUACGCCCAUCUUCGAUGCCGAGGGCAAGGAAAUCAUCUUCUGGACCGCUUCGAGAGGCCAUCAUGCCGAUGUAAGUUCACGCCUCGCCCUUCCUGAAGCAAUCCUGACAGUCUCCCAGGUCGGCGGCAUCCUCCCCGGCUCGAUGCCGCCCAACUCGAAGGAACUCUGGGAAGAAGGCGCCGUGAUCAAAGCCUUCAAAGUCGUCGAGGGCGGCGUCUUCGAAGAGAAGGAACUCACCGACCUUCUCAUGGCGCCGGCACAUUCACCAGGGUGUCAGGGAACCAGGUGUCUCCGCGACAACAUCUCUGAUAUCAAAGCCCAAGCCGCGGCAAACCACCGCGGAAGCCAGCUCAUCCACUCCCUGAUCGAGGACUACGGCAUUGACGUCGUCCAGUUCUACAGUAAUACCCUCCUCCUCCUCACUCCUUACAACCCGGUAACUAAUAUUCUCAAAGUGGAAGAGAUCCAAGGCGCGGCAGAACGCGCCGUCCGCGACAUGCUCAAGACAAUCUACAGCCGCACCGACGGCAAACCGCUCGAGGCGGUGGACUACAUGGACGACGGCACGCCGAUCCAGCUCAAGGUCACAAUCGACCCGUCCACAGGCGGCGCCGUGUUCGACUUUGACGGAACCGGCCCCGAGGCCUACGGCAACUGGAACGCGCCCAUCGCCAUCUGCAACUCGGCCAUCAUCUUCGCGCUGCGGUGCAUGGUCGACGCCGAGAUCCCGCUCAACCAAGGCGCCAUCCGGCCCAUUGACGUGCGGGUCCCCGAGGCCUCCCUUCUGAGGCCUACGGAGCACGCGGCCGUGUGCGCGGGUAACGUGUUAACGUCCCAGCGCGUCGUGGAUGUCAUUUUCAAGGCGUUCCGUGCGGCUGCGGCCAGUCAGGGGUGCAUGAACAACUUGACGUUCGGCACGGACGAUCCCGAGACCGGGUUCGGGUAUUACGAGACUAUCUGCGGCGGCGCCGGCGGCGGGCCGAGCUGGGACGGCGUCAGCGGCGUUCACACCAACAUGACCAACACGCGCAUCACGGAUCCGGAGUCGUUGGAGAGGCGGUACCCUGUCGUUCUCCGCCAGUUUUGUCUGCGGGAGGGCAGCGGCGGCAAGGGCGCGCACCCCGGUGGCGACGGGAUCAUCAGGGACAUUGAGUUUGGUAUCCCGAUCAAGGUGAGUAUUCUUAGCGAGAGGCGGUCCUUUGCGCCCUAUGGGUUGAACGGGGGCGACGACGGACAGAGGGGCCGGAAUGUGUGGAUCAAGAAGAGCGGGAGGGUCGUGAACCUGGGCGGGAAGAACACUGCCAUGAUGGAGGCGGGCGACCGGAUCGUCGUCAUGUCGCCCGGCGGCGGUGGUUGGGGCAAGCCUGAGGAUAGGGUUGAGGGGAAGAGGCAGGUCAAUGGGUUUGUGGGCGUGGCGAACGGGACUGUUGAUAUGAUUCAGAGCAUGGGAGAAUCCGCGUGA